AUGCAGAGGAACCGCCCUGGUCCAACUCACUUCAACUCUGCCUUCCCAGAAGGACCCACCCAAGACAUCACUGCCCGCCCUCGAUCGCGCCCAGGAACAACCCUCAGGCCAAUCAACCACCCCCCAGGCUGGCUCGAGACCAUCCUCAUGCGGCCCAUCCGGGUCGAAUGCUGGUCCUGUCUUCGCCCCUCCUGGCUUCACCGCGGCCAAAGGGACGCUAGUCCUCAUGACUGGACUUGCCUCAACUGUCAGAACCACCAAAGACGAGACAAGGACGGCAACAUUGAAUCGGUGCCUGAGAUGUUUGAUAGCACACUGAACGAGGACACAUCGGAGCGUAUUGCUCGAAGCCGGACGUCAAGGAAUCGGGCAAGAUCUAAUGGAUCUACGCCAUCAAGCUCACAGGAUGAUGUUUUCUGCGACAAAUGCAGCAGCAACCAGCGUGUCAUAUAUCAAUUGCUGAGCAACUACAUACCCGAUGAAGACGAUGAAAACUACGAGGCCUUCUUUGAGAACGCGGAUGCAUAUCGGCGGCAAGUAGAGGAACGGUAUCCAUUAGCUUGCUCAGACUGCCUCGACAGAGUCCAGCGGAGACUCUCUCAACAAAAUUACCGGAUCAAAUCAUCUCUGCUGAACGCAACGCUGAGUAAGAGUCGUGGAGACCGUAUCAGCCCGACCAGGAAAUACCCAGACGCACUCUGGUUGCUGACAGGCGCAAGUUGGAUCAUCUCUCAUGCUACAUGGAUAGCCGUCGAGCUUGGAGGUAAGAACGUUGGAAAUACGCUAUAUUCAGCAGGACAUUCUACAUUCAACUCCAUUACAGGAACAAUCUCUAAAGUCAACAUUGCCUCCGUCUGGCCCUGGGCAUCAACAUUCGGACGGCCAUUUCGGGAUCUCCAGGAACACGAGUAUCGCAUGCUUCUACUCUUAGCAUUGACCCUUGUCUCUGUUGCCAGUCUCUUCUGGGACCCCUUACAGCUGAUGCGAUGGAGGUCGCCGAGGGCACGGAUCAGGACGCGAUGGUACCAUUCAUGGACAAAAAGAGCUGCGCUCCCGCUCUUAGUAUUCCAGUUCAUGGCACUGUACUCCAAACGACUCUGGCAGGAAUCGACUGUCGGCUACGGUGUGCUAGUGCUGCUUCAUGCCGCAUAUUUGAUGGCGUUCUCUACAGGACGGCAAGCGCUGGAUCCCAUCGAGCUUAGAUUCUCACCCUCCGUCCCCUCGUCACCACCACCAGAACCAUCCACCAACGAGCGUACUCGUUCUGACAGUAGACCCAAUCGUUCGUUGGCGGCUGCAAGGCAAGGAAGCUUUGUCAAUCGAUCGUUUAGCCCUCCAGCCCUGUCUCGGACGGCUUCAGACCCCACUAAUCGAUUCGCUGCGUCUCCAAGCCCUAGCUGGGCCGACUAUUCGGGAUCGCAAUCGGAUUCUCAGGAUGCUAACCAAAUGAACUGGUCUCCCAAAAAACCGGUGUCGUCACCACCAACUCGCUUGCCUGCAAUGUUUGGCACAUACAGAGACUCGAGUCAGAGGACGACCCAGGAUGACCCCUUCCUGUAUGGCAUGGCCGGCCUAGGACAGGAUUCAGCAAAUACAUAUACCUCACAUACCUCAACCCAUCAUAAUGACAGGAACAACGACAACAAGUUCCGCUCAAGGGCCUAUGAACCAUCGCCACUCGCCAAUCCAUCUCUGAUCACCAAUAUGAGUCUCGGCAAUAUUUCGUUUGGAGAAAUGCUGGGAUUCCCCUCGGCCAAGUUCCAGCAACCUGAGAACCUCUUUGCCCAUCGUUCCCAAUCCGAUUCAGGCCAGUCAGAACCCUGGGCGUUUCGAAAGCCUGCGGAGACGAGUUCGAGUAGCUUUGGGAUGGAUCAGAUUCACCGCCGCGGCCAGCCCUCUCGACCUUCAGGACUGUCCAGGAACGCAGAUGUUGAUAUGGAAGGAGACGAUGAUGACGAUGAAGACAACGAUAACAAUGCUCGGAGAGGUGCAUUUGGACAACGUCGUCGGGAUGCUGGUUCGGAUUCGGACUUGUUUAGCAACUCGUUCUCCGCUAUGGGUCGAUCCAACCAGGCCAGAGACAGCUGGACCGUCGACGGUCGGGAAGCCUUUGCAGCCCAGACAUACUUCCCACCUGAGCCAGAGACAGGGCUGGAAGACAACUUUUUCGGCGUCGUCAAGAUUGUGGACGACUACCUGCCACCGAAGCAAGAGCCGCGUACGAUUGAUGCCAGGAAUCUGAUGCUUAAGAAGCGCAUGGCAAGGCGCUGGCUGGUCUCUAUUCUGAUCUGCCGUGUUCUCUCACUAUUGAAGCCCGAUGGUCUGUGGUUGGAUAAGCUGCUGUGGGCAAGUCAUCAUGUCUUUGCGAUCGCUCUGCUUCAUGCAACAGCAUUCUGGGUUCUGGACGAGUCUCGCGCCUUGCAGCGGUACUGGAACCGGAAACCAACAAAGGGCGCCGAGAAGAAAACAGCCGAUGCCGUCAAGUCCAAAGAUCCCUUUGAACCGACUCCACUAGACAAGAUCUGUUCUUAUAUCCUAAUGAUGUUGCUGUCGCUGCGAGUCAUGAGUUUGGCUUGGGCUAUAAUGAGCAAACCAGAGCAUGGAGUUGGUAUGAACGACUCUUGCAUUGGUGCACUGGACCUGACCUCAAGAAAAAGCAUUGAGUAUUGCCAGGAAGUUCCGCUCGACGAUCGAUACAGCGACUUAGACUGGCCGAUUGGAGCAGUGCAGCAAGCGAUGCCCUGGGCGUAUGACGGUGAAUAUGAUCUGAUGACACUGGCGUCGUAUGCGGGCUGGAUCCACGACGGAGCAAUUAUGGCAUUGUUUGGCGUGCUGAUAGUAUGCGGAGCUGGAGCAUCGUCGACCCAUGGCCGCGCCAAGGCUCCAGAAGGGCGCAAGGUCAAGUCGUAG